AUGAUGAUGAUGAUGAUGAUGAUGAUGAUGAUGAUGAUGAUGAUGAUGAUGAUGAUGAUGAUGAUGAUGAUGAUGAUGAUGAUGAUGAUGAUGAUGAUGAUGAUGAUGAUGAUGAUGAUGAUGAUGAUGAUGAUGAUGAUGAUGAUGAUGAUGAUGAUGAUGAUGAUGAUGAUGAUGAUGAUGAUGAUGAUGAUGAUGAUGAUGAUGAUGAUGAUGAUGAUGAUGAUGAUGAUGAUGAUGAUGAUGAUGAUGAUGAUGAUGAUGAUGAUGAUGAUGAUGAUGAUGAUGAUGAUGAUGAUGAUGAUGAUGAUGAUGAUGAUGAUGAUGAUGAUGAUGAUGAUGAUGAUGAUGAUGAUGAUGAUGAUGAUGAUGAUGAUGAUGAUGAUGAUGAUGAUGAUGAUGAUGAUGAUGAUGAUGAUGAUGAUGAUGAUGAUGAUGAUGAUGAUGAUGAUGAUGAUGAUGAUGAUGAUGAUGAUGAUGAUGAUGUGA